UGUUGCGUUUCCCAGAAAGACAGGCAACAGCGCUUAGAACCGCAAACAGGUAUUCGCAUGAGCAAUCUUCGCGUGAGAUAUUUCUCGAUGGCGCAUACUCAUCGCAGCCUCACUACAGCAGUAGCAACCUGCUGCUUCUGUGCUGCUCACUUCGAGCAUCGACAUUGUCCUUCCUUUCCGCGAAGGCCGACCCGCAGAGACCAUCGGAAUCGCUCUGGGGUGGCAUAGAUCUUGGUGCUUACAGGUAUAAAACGACGGGUGUUGCCGUCGGCCGCUCAAAAUCAAAGCAAGCUGCCGUCGUCUGCCGCUGCGAUCGGGAGACAAGCGCGACUACUACUUCACGAUAAACAUGAGGAUGACGCCGACGAUGAUGCUGCCGACGCUAGUGAUGUGUUUGGCGCUCUUCGCUCAGCACGCCGCCGCCUACAGAAUCGUCUGCUACUAUACGAACUGGUCGCAGUACAGACAAGGCGUCGCCAAGUUCCUUCCGAAGGAUGUCGACCCCAAGCUGUGCACGCACAUAAUGUACGGAUUCGCCCUGUUCAGUACCGGACCGAGUUACCAAUUGAAAUCGAUCGAAUGGAAUGACGAAGCGAUGUACGAACAGAUAAUCGCUCUCAAGCAGAAGAACCCGCAGCUGAAGGUGAUGCUGGCGAUAGGCGGCUAUAACUUCGGGCCGUCGCAGUUUAGUAAGAUGAGCUCCACCGCCCAGGGUCGCAAGAGUUUCGCGACGAACGCCAUUCCGUUUUUACGAUCUCGCAAUAUGGAUGGUUUGGAUAUUGAUUGGGAGUUUCCCGGGGAGACAGAGCGUGGAGGAAGUCCGCAGAGCAAGAGAAACUAUCCACUCAUGAUGCAGGAUUUGAUGGCUGCCUUCGAGGAUGAGGCGCGUCGGACGGGUAAGGAGCGGCUGCUGCUCAGCGCCGCAGUGUCAAUCGGACAGCACAACCUACGACGUGGCUACGACAUCGACGGCAUAUGCAGGAAUUCUGAUUUUCUCAAUCUGAUGGCGUACGACCUUCACGGACCUUGGGAGUCGUUCGCCGGUCACAACGCACCGCUGCACGCUAAGGAGGACGAAGACGGCGCGUUAGGAACCAUCAACCAGGAGUGGGGUGUAAACAAAUACAUUCGCGAGGGAUGUCCGUCUGAGAAGUUGACUCUGGGCAUGCCGACGUACGGCCGCUGCGUGAUGCUGGCAAACGCCGCCAAACACGACAUCGGCGAUCCAACUACGGGACAGUCGUGUCCGCCGGCGCCUUUCACCCGCCAGGCCGGCUUCGUGGCAUACUACGAGGUUUGCGGACAUCUGAAGAAUGGCUACACUCGUUAUUUUAAUACCGAACAAAAGGUUCCCUACGCUGUGAAGGACAGAAACUUCGUAUCCUACGACGACCCACAGAGUAUCCGGGCAAAGGCGAACUUCGUAAAGCAAAAGCGAUUGGGGGGUGCCAUGAUAUGGGCAUUGGACUUUGACGACUUCACGGGCACGCAGUGCGGGCAGGGCAAGUAUCCGCUGCUAACCACCAUCAACAACGUGCUGGAAACGAGCACGUCAGUAGUGCCCACAACGCGACCCACCAGGCGACCGACGACGACGCGGCAACCGAGGACGAGGCGUCCGAGAACCAGACGCACAACGACUCCACGUCCCACGACCACCGCCGCGCCGCCGCCGCCGACGACGCGGCGACCGAGGACACGUCGUCCGAGAACCAGACGCACAACGACUCCACGUCCCACGACCACCGCCGCGCCGCCGCCGACGACGACGACGAAGAUCGGCAAGCCCGACGCUUCGUGCGACGUGUUCACCUGCAAGGUGGAUGGCUUCUUCGCCGACAAGAGGAACUGCCGACAGUACCACCAGUGCCAGUGGUCGGGCCUGCCGCACGAGAUGCAGCAGCGGUGGAGCUGUGUUGAAGGACUCAUCUUCUCCGAGGAGUUUCAGCAGUGCGUUUGGGAGUUCCAAGUGAACGACCUGGACCGCCUGUGUGGCCUGUGCGAUCACCUUGGUCUUGCCAACAUCCUCUUCCCAGCACCAAUCAAGGUGCAGUACUCCAACUUCCCGACUAGCUACGUGUAAGCAGGGCGCCGCCAUGUUGGAAACCCAGGGUCAGUUGUCGGGAACAAAAUUAGUCUUAAUGAUAGUUUUAUCAUUUAUUUUUUCUCAGAGACUGUUGACAGAAACAGGAUGAAGUUACGAGUUUUUUAUACGUAUAGUGUAUAGAUUUCCGGUCCACAAGAUAAUCCAAUGUUAAAAAAACUAAUGUUCAGACUAAUUUUGUUUCUGACAAUGGGCCCGGCUGUUCCGUGAGCCAAUCAAAAUUAUGUCGUUCACCAAAGAUAUCUCACUUUACAUCAAUCUUGAGUGCCGAGUAGACAGUCGUGCGGAGAUUGGUGUGCGUGCAAGCACAACUGACAACAAAUCCGACUGCUUUUUUACAAACGCUGAUGAGGUCAGUGUUUUAGUGUCGAGAGUUUACUUCUUCUUCUUCUUCUUCUCGGGUCACUACACUACACUCGGCCCAGCCACUGCAGCACACAGGACUU